GUCACAGAACUCUUAGGUGAAUACGUCAGAAAUUUUGGCCAAGACAAGUGAGGAAUUCUAACCCAUUCGAUUUGAUGAAUUUCGGUUGUGUAACUGUAUACCGCUGUUUACGUUGUUAUAUUAUAAAUAUUCUGUAAUAUCAGUAGGUGAUCAAGAAUUAAUUUGUUAUAAAAGUAAGGUGGUAAAAGUAAUGUCUGAUUUGGAUUAAUAGCAACAAAACAGAAUGACAUGACGUUAAUGAGCUGUUAUUGGUGCUAUAAGACGAAAAAGUGGCCAAGAAUAAUUUUGUACCACUUGUAUUAAGAAUAAUAUUAGUAGACAGGAGUGGUAAAGAUUGGAAAUUGUAGGAUAGGGAUGUGGAAAACAAAGUGGUUCGCCUUGGUAAAUUAUUCAACUUUCCACCUUAUUUUCGUCCAUAACUGAAGUGAAUACAAUUGGACAUGUUAAAAAAUAACAGCGAAUGCAUCACAUGUCAAAGUCACAUAAAAAUUACACAGUGGUCUGUCACGAUAAUAUAACAACCGUUAUAAGGCACUGGAAGCAAGAAUAAUGUGGAGCAUACUGAAUUAUUUUUUUCAACUUAAGCAUAUGCCAAAGGUAUUUAUGCGACACAAAUCCAUUAAUUACUACAGUGGUCCAGAACCUCCAACUGCUGAAAUAAGUAAGCAGCUAUUGCAGUCCAGGGGUGGUAGUGUUGACUUGGUAAAGAAUGAGGACACAGGCAUUGCUACUUUGUGUCUUAAUCACCCAGAGAGAAGAAAUGCCAUCAGUGGAAAGAUGAUGGUGGACUUAGCUAAUGCAAUUGAUAUGCUGGAAAGUUGGAGUGUAGGAAAAGGAUUGAUUGUAUAUGGACAUGGUCAUACUUUCUCUUCAGGUGGUGACUUGAAUAUGGCUCGCAUGUUUUUUAAUCCAGAUGAUGGGUUUCGCAUGGCUGUGUUUAUGCAGAAGGUCUUGCAUAGGCUUGAAACAUUGCCACUUAUAUCAGUUGCUUUAAUUGAAGGAACAGGUGCACUAGGAGGCGCAUCAGAACUAGCAAUGGCAUGUGAUUUCCGGCUUUUGACUUCUGACACAGGAGGAAUUGGAUUUGUUCAUAGUUGCAUGGGUAUAACACCAGCCUGGGGGGGAUGUACCAGGUUGGUUCGCACUGUUGGCUAUACAAAGGCUCUUGAUCUGCUGACCACAGGACGCAGAGUGUCAGGAGAAGAAGCUUUGCAGAUUGGACUUGCUGACAGCAUAGUAAACACUAAAGAUGCUCUUACAGAAACCUCAGAAUGGCUGAAAGUAAGAAUUAAGUGUGAUGGGAAAGUGCUGAAAUCACUGAAGACCAUGGCACACAAUGCUAGAGAAAUGAAUUAUCAUGAAUCUCUUGCUGAAGAAAAGAGCCUGUUUGCUCCAUUAUGGGGUGGACCUGCAAACCAUGCUGCACUUACCCAAAAUAUUAAACAUAAAUAGCAGUGAUAGAUUACUGUGACAGGCAGUGAAAACUGAUAAUUUUAUCCAAAGAAGCAACAGGAUGGUGCAAACCAUAAUGGAGUACACCGAAUUUCCACAUGUAUUUAUUGCAUCUUGGUAUUCUGAAUUCUCCUAGCUGUUAUAUUUGUUGUCUUAUGAACGUAUGGUGCUAUGAUUCUUCACUAUGAGGAUAAAAAAAAAUCCAUGGUCUGUAAUCCACAAGCAAACUAUACUGACCGAGUGACCGCCAGUUGUCGGCAAAGUUAGUGCAUGCAGUAAAACCUGAUAUUUUUAUCCAGAGAAAUAACAAGAUUGGAAAGUCACAAAUCACAUUGGAGUACGCAGUUUCCAUGUGCAUUCUUUGCAUUUUGGCAUUCUGAAUUCUUCUGUGUACUGUUAUAUGAAUGUGUAUUGCUGUGAUAUUGUCAUGUGUUAGUGACUAUAUGGAGUUUUGAUUUAUUGAACAUUUAUAACUUGUAACUACAAAUAAUUGUAACACUCACUAAUCUACAUGCUCUACAAAUUGCUAUUGCAAGCAGUAAGUUGUCUGUGUCUUCACUAGUCGUUUCUUGAUAGUGGCAUCUAACAUGCAACACAAGAUUCUAACCACUGACUCUGACUUCCAGUUUCUAACCAUCAACUUCCAACUCAUGACUCAUGCCUUACACGCUGGCUGCCCUUUACCCCCCAGGAAUAUUCUUAGUACUCAUUUCUGUUACAGCUUGUGUUGACCCCAGAGCCAUAGUGCAGAUGGAAAGAUUUGGUAAAUUGAAAAGACUCCACCACAUUGGGACUCAAACUUGCAACCGGCUAUGCCACUGUGUGCCUCAGACUGUAUAUAUGGAAUUUUUCUGAAGUAUUAAUAUGGCGGCCUCUUUCAUUUAAGUACGAAAAUACAAAUGAUCAUAUUACUUUCAAUAUAAGACAUACAUUUUACACAUUUUUUCAUGUUGAAAAAUCCAUAUGUAUUUUAAAUUUGAGGAAUGUGCACUUUUCUACUUCUUUUCUUAAAGCCCACAUUCAAAAACUGGGUGCAUCUUAAAUUUGAGGGCCUUAUAUUCUAAGUAAUAUGGCAAAUUUAUGCAGAAUUAACAUAAGUAAUGCAUUUAUGUUGCCAGGCUAAUCCCAAGUGAUUACACAUUCAACAUUGCACUUAACACAGCAUAAGGUAAUACCACUAUGGCAACUGUUUGCUGAUUUUAUUAUCUCUCACAUUUGGAAAAAAAAAACUUUGAUAUGAUAUUAUAGUCAUGUUUAUUGGCAUAAUCACAAUUCACACACAUAUAUCUUACUACAUAUAUGCAUUUUUCUUAUUUCAUUUUAUAGUAAUGAUAUCAAUUAGUAUUACCUACCAUUCACCAUACAAUUUUCUUUGGGAAUGUUCAUAAUACAUGUCAAGAAUGUAUAGAAAGUAGUGUGAACCUACUGAAAACCUGGAUCCACAAUUCAGUAAGGUGAAAUAUAAUGGUAAUUCAGUAAUAGAGUUUCUGGUGAUGGGCAACAUGAUGAUGAACCAUGAAGUCAGAAUGUACCAGAUUUUAACAGAUACUGGUUAUAUAGGAUACAGGUUUAUCACAGCAGUGGUUAUGGGAUAUAAUGCUGUGUGGUCUACUGAAAGUCAAC